AUGGUCUAUGACUUGAAGGCAAUAGGGGUCCAGAUUGUAGAGUCGACAUGCUCAGUUGGUCACAACAGUAUUCUGAACUACUUGAAAAAGGCCGCAGAUGUGCUGGGCAUCGAAUUCGAUUGCGAGCCCGAUGUGAAGAUCAUCCUGGAUCCUAUGCCCAGUAUGGUUCAAGCCUCAGCUACUUGUACUGGUGGCAAUCCUGUUCUCGGCACCAACGACCCCGGCUCUUCUUGUCAGCGUUAUCUCGAAGUCAUUCACUUGGGAGCUGCCUGGCGAGCGGCUCGUUGUGCCAAGUUGAAGUUGAAAGAUGUUGUGCUGGCCGUCAUUGACACGGGGGUUGAUACGACUCAUCCUGAUCUGGUCAAUCAGUUCUGGAGAAAUCCAGCUGACGGGUCUAUUGGAUUCAACUUCGCCAAGAACAAUACCAAUGUGACUGAUGUCCUUCGCCAUGGUACCCACUGCGCUGGCAGUGCGGUCGCCCAGACUAAUAACUGCAUUGGCAUUGCAGGAGUGGCUAACAUUGAAGGCCCACCGCCGAAGGUUAAGCUGAUGGUAUUGAAGAUCUUCGACGAUUCCGGUGUUGGCCUUUUGAGUUAUUCGCUGAGGGCCCUCAACUUCGCAGUUGAAAAUGGUGCAACAGUAUCCUCUCAUUCUUACCGCUGGUAUAACACAAGUGAGCUCCAGAAGGCUGCAUACAAGAACGCCGCUGCUGCUGGACAUAUUGCUGUUGCUGCUGCUGGCAAUGAAGCACUUGAUCUAGAGAAGAACCGAACUUAUCCUUGCUGCCUUGCAGAGGACAUCCCAUCCAUGCUUUGUGUGGCUGCCAGUACUUCUAAUCCAACCGAACCGGUCUCUCUUGCCGGAUUCUCGAACGCUGGAUUUGUUACGAAGGUUGCUGCUCCCGGUGUGGAUAUUUACUCGACGGUCCCCGGAGGUUUGUACUACAAAACUA